AUGGAUAAUUUUCAGGUUGUACUUACCGACGACGACGACAACACUGCUGAAUCGAGCUGUGCCCUUACCGUCAAACUUCCUGGAGGAAUUGAAAUCGUUAAAGGACUCGAAGACACUACUGUACCCCAGAAACAGACCGGCAUUCUUGAAAUCGAGACCAACCGACCACCGAAGCAGGUCAAAUGGUACAAAAAUGGCAAGGAAAUCACGCCUUCUGACAAGGCACAGCCGAAGAAGGUAGACGAUAAGAAGUACCAACUAGUGAUUCCUGAUGCCGGAAAAGAUGACUCGGCUGAUUACAAGGUUGUGCUUACCGACGACGACGACAACACCGCUGAAUCGAGCUGUGCUCUUACCGUCAAACUUCCUGGAGGAAUUGAAAUUGUUAAAGGACUCGAAGACACUACUGUACCCAGAAACAGACCGGCAGUGCUUGAAAUCGAGACCAACCGACCACCUAAGCAAGUUAAAUGGUACAAGAACGGCAAGGAGAUUACACCAUCUGACAAGGCGCAACCGAAGAAGGUCGCCGAUAAUAAAUAUCAACUGGUUAUUCCCGAUGCUGCCAAGGAGGACACUGCCAAUUACAAGGUCGUGCUCACCGAUGAUGACGACAACACAGCCGAAUCGAGCUGCGCUCUCACUGUCAAACUACCAGCUGGCAUUGAGAUUGUCAAAGGCCUCGAAGAUGCUACAGUACCCAAAGGGCAGAAGGCUAUUCUUGAAGUGGAAUCAAGUCGGGCGCCGAAACAGGUCAAAUGGUACAAAAAUGGAAAAGAACUUUCACCGUCCGAUAAGCCAGAGGCAAAGAAGGUGAACGAUACCAAGCACCAGUUGGUCAUUCCCGAUGCCAGCGAUGAAGACACUGCCGACUACAAAGUGGUGCUCACCGAUGAUGACGACAACACAGCCGAUUCAUUCUGUGCUCUUACCGUACGACUUCCAGACAAGGAGCCGAAGAUCAUCAAGGGACUUGGUGAUCGUACUGUACCAGUCGGGCUACCAACCAUCUGGGAAGUGGAGACCGAAGGAUCCCCACGAACCGUCAAGUGGUACAAGAACGGCAAGGAAUUGGCUGGAGCUACGGCGGCACAGGUGAAAAUCUCAAAGGUCGACGACAACCACUACGUGCUUGAGAUUCCUAAAUGCGCUGUUGACGACACAGGUGACUACAAGAUUGAAGUGGAGAAUGAUGCUGGCAAAGCGAACAGCAGCGGAAAGCUCACUGUGGAGCCCAAGCUGACAUUCCUCAAGCCACUCAAAGACCUCGAGAUCACCGAAGGCGAAAACGCGGAAUUCCAAGUGGAAACCAACGCCAAACCGAGAGUUGUGAAAUGGUACAAAAAUGGCCAGGAGAUCGCCCCAGAUGCUCGUUUCGUCAUCAGCGGCGAAGAAACCAAGUACAAACUGGUUAUCAAGAAUGCUACAAGGGAAGACGCCGCUGAGUACAAGGUCGUUCUUACCAACUCGGCAGGUGACGCUGAUUCAUCCGCGAAGCUCACUGUCAAGAAGGCAAAACCAGGAAUUCCAAAGAUCAUCAAGGGUCUCGAAGAUCAGGUAGUGGCCAAGGGUGCUUCACUCGUGUUCGAAGUCAAAGUCGAAGGAGAAGUGGACGAGUUGCGUUGGAGUAAAGAUGCCACGCCCAUCACAGCUGGAGCCAAUGCCAUUAUUGAGAAGAUUGAUGACAAGACUUACCGCCUAACUAUUCCUAAGGCAGAUCUUGGUGAUGCUGGUCACUACACAGUUGAAGCCAUCAAUGAAACUGGAAAGGCCGCAUCUGACGCCAAGGGAGAAGUAGAUGAGAAGCCAGAAAUCGUCAAAGGACUCAACGAUGUGGAAGUUUCUGAAGGUGACGACGAAGUGUUCAAGGUGGAGGUCUCAACCCCAGUCAGGACAGUCAAAUGGUAUAAAAAUGGUCAAGAGAUCAAGCCAUCGACUACAUCUUGA